ACGCUCACGCAACGGACAUACUAAUGGGCAAUAUUGCCUGUGGUCCACAUUGCUGUAUUACAAAAACUGAAGUUCGUGGUGAAACUGUCUCCCUGGCCCACCCUAAUUCACAAGUGAAUGUGACGUGCGGUUGACUGGCUUAUGAUUACGAGCUAUAUUAUUGAGGUCAUUUGGAGCAAUUCGUUCAAAAUUGAGAAUAGCCAAGCAAGGCCGAUCAUUCGUGUGGUGAAGUUUUCAUUCUCCGGAUGUAACUUGUACGACGUUCAUCUGCAACAUACGGACAAAAGUGUCAAACGUAUUCCGGCCGAGAUCGAGCACAGUGUUGAUUUGGAGGCGUGUUUCUGGCUCCCGAGGGCAUUCCCUUCCAUGUUUGACGUCAAGCAGUCAAACUAGAUUCCCUCUUCUAUCUGUCGCCCACCGACUAUUUCCGAGCGAGCCCAAUCCCAUGGCAGCAUCAGUAUUCUAAUCAAUCAUCACUGGGCAAGACAAAAUGAUGAGCGGAGAGACCCCAUUGGGGGGUAAAGAGGUGCCCUCCGGCGUGCUUCGGGAUCGCACCAAUGCCUCGUCAACUCGAAAGGAAAGAGUCGUUCCGUUGCCUCGUGGUGCCAAAGAAGAGGUGAAGAAAAUGGUGGAUAGCAAGCGUGGGCCCGAAACGAAUCGGGAGCCAACCAUGGAGCAUGUGCAAUCCGAUCCACCCUCACCCUCCAAUGGAGUCGUGGAUCCUUGUCCUUUUAGUAAGAAUUCGUACGUGAUUACGAAGCACGUGGUGGCCAUGGUGGGGCUACCUGCUCGCGGCAAAUCCUACAUAUCCGAGAAACUCAAGCGAUACCUCAACUGGAUUCAUAUCAACACCAUGAAGUUCAACGUUGGUCAGCGCCGUCGAAACGAAGUUGGAGAAUCUCAAAACACGGAAGAGUUCUUCAGCCAAGACAACAAGGAGGCGAUGAAAAUACGUGAGAAACUGGCAGCCGACACUUUGACCGAGGCCUUGAAUUUCUUGGACAAUGGGGGCGAAGUGGCCGUGUUCGAUGCCACCAACGUCAGUCUGAAGCGGAGAAGUUUUAUCUACCAACGAGUUGUUAAGGAGAAAGGCUACAAGCUCCUCUUCAUUGAGUCGAUAUGCGACAAAGAAGAACUCAUCAUGAAGACGGUGAGUGAAGUGAAAGCUCAUGGAAAGGAUUUCGAAAAUUGCCAGGACAAGGAAGAGGCUAUGCAAAGAUUCAAAAAACGUAUCGAGUUGUACAAGCAACAGUAUGAGCCUUUAGGCCACUCGUCCGAAUCUCACUAUAGCUUCAUCAAGAUCAUCAACGGCGGUGAGCAGAUCGUCAUGAAUCGUCAUGAUGGUUACCUGCAAUCCAAGAUAGGCUUCUGGGUGAUGAACAUUCGGAUCACGCCUACCCGUAUCUAUUUCACCCGUCACGGAGAAUCUCAAGACAAUGUUGAUGGGAAAAUCGGGGGCGACAGUCUACUCUCGUCCAAGGGACAGAAAUUUGCCACAGCCUUGGGGAAAUACUUUAACGAGAUGGCCAAUCCAAAUCUUCACGUUUGGACAUCAUGGCUCAAAAGAACGAUCCAGACAGCGAGCGAGAUCGAUGCUCCCAAAGAAAGGUGGAAGGCUCUCAAUGAGAUAGAUGCCGGUAAAUGUGACGGAUUGACUUAUGCCGAUAUCGAGCGACAAUAUCCUGUUCACUACAAGGCCCGAGAAAUGUACAAGCUGACCUACCGUUAUCCCGACGGAGAGUCUUACGAGGACCUUUGUCUUCGCCUUGAGUCUGUUAUAAUGGAACUGGAACGCCGUGAGAAUGUGCUCAUAGUGUCGCAUCAAGCCGUUCUGAGGUGUCUCCUGGCAUACUUUCUACCCGAAUAUGACGACCAACUCCCAUAUAUUAAAGUUCCCUUGCACAAUGUGAUAACUCUUGAGCCAAACGGACUGUCGUACGACAUAGUGCACAAAGAUUUCGAAAUACCUGCUGUUGACACUCAUCGUCCGAAAGGCUCGGAACCACGGCCGGACCCUAGCAUCACCGAAGAGCAGAUCAAAGCAAUCGGUCCACAACAACUCCUGGCUGAUGGAGGUCGAAUAGCGGGCGCGUAUAGCUCUCCCAAGUUUCACGACCCGAGGAAUUGAGAAGAGUAGAAAUGUACGGCCGGGGAAGGUUGUGUUAAUGGGAAUUUGUUGUCGACUUGGGGGGAAACGCAGAUUUCCCAUCUCCUUCCUCAUUUGUGAUGAGCCUUAUGGAAGAUAGAGCAUCAAUUAUGGAGGAAGUCGAUCCUCCAUUUAUUUUUGUACUAGCUAUCCAUAUUAUUGAUAUGUUCAUGGCCUGAAACAACGUUACGAUUAUUGACCUUCACAAUCAUGCUUCUGUUGCACCAUUAGCAAAUAAAUGUUUCCGUUGAUGAAAAAAAA